AUGUCAUCCGCCGCAUCUCAAGCAGAGUCUCAGGGCUCAACGGAUAUUGCUCCGUCUUCAUCAGGCAGGGCCAACGCCGAUUCAACUACCCCGUCCGCAGGGAGUACCGCUGCCGCGCCUACAACCGCAGCAGCCGGCACUACAUCUCAAGCUGCACAGACCUCCGCCAAUGCCGGCGGCGGUAGUGGCGGCGGAUCGGAUGGAUUUGGUAGUACCACCGAUGGAAGUACGUCUUCAGUCGGCUCUAGUGCUACUGCCGCUGCAUCUUCAUCGAAUGCAGGCAAUGCCAAUGGCAAUGGUAGCGGUAAUGCAUCGAGCAGUAGUGCAGGUGCAGCCAGCACAUCUGCAGCUGCUAGUAGCGCAUCAGCAGCUGCCAGCAGUCAAGCCGCCAGCGCCUCCCGUGCAAGUGCUGCAGCUGCCACCCAGGGCAGCGCAGCUAGUGCCUCGGCCGCGUCGGCCGCCUCCAUCGUAUCACAGUCGGCAGCAGCAGCAAUCAGUCAAGCCGCGCAAUCUAGCGCUGCUGCGUCUGCUGCUGCUGCCGCCGCCGCCGGUUCAGCCACACUCGUCACGAGCUCUGUGCAGACCGUCAUCACGAGCCAGGCAACCCUAUCGACCAUCUCAUACGACGUCAAUGGCCAAGCAGUCACACUGACCUCCAUCGUCGAAAUCACUAGAACCGAGAACGUAGAGACGGUCGGCGCCGCAUCUACCUCAAAAGCAAAAUCUCUUAACGAUACAUCUGGCUCGGGCUCGAGCUUCUUCAACAACACCGGCGCUGUUGCAGGCGUUUUCGUCGUUGUCGGCCUCGCUGUGAUCGCAAUUCUUGUUGGGAUUGGCUUCAUCCUACUUAGACGGAAAAGGCGGCGCGAGCUUGACGAGGACAUCCGGGUUGCAGCAGGCGGCGCAGGCAUCGCAGGCGCAGGCACUUCUCGGUUCCACGAUGACGACGACGAUCCAGAAGAUGAUCUAUUUGGAUCCGAAUUCACCCACCAGGGCAUGAUGUCGCAACUCAGCAGCCACCAAGCUCUCUUCGGUGCCGCGGGCGGUGCAGCAGCCGGUGGGGCCGCAUAUCAUCAUGCGCGCUCGGGAUCGACAGCGUCUGCAACUGGACCCUUGUCACGGUCCAAUCAGUCUCACAACGGGCUGUAUGAUUCGCAGUAUGGCAAUUAUGACUACCCGCAAGCAAAUAGUCAAAACACUCAUGGCGAAUGGUCCGACUAUGUUCAACAGUAUGGAGGCGGUGAUAAUUCACAAGGUCAUGGCGGCUACACUUCCGGCGAGUACAACAGUGCAGACGGCAAUGGCAGCAGUGGCAGCCCACCCACACCACACGACGAUAUGCAGCAGCCAGAUCAUCGUUUGGAACCGAACGGGGUGCUCAAUUCCGAGCACAAUUACAGCGACUCAAGCUUGAGGGAUGAAGCAGACUAUUCGAGGAGGAUUCUACGCGUAGCGAACGAGUAA